AUGGAUGUUGGUCACCGUCGACUAUACCUCGAAUGGUGCCAGAGCAAGCCCGCAACGCUGGUUGUGGACUUAGAAGAUGGCUCCGAGAAAGAAGUUCGAAUUCCUUUCUACUUCCUGCACUACCGAUCUCGGAAAUUCCGGGAUCUGUUGGGUGAGAAGGUAGUUGGCGAACCAGACAGCUUACCUCUCAAACUCAAUGGAGUGUCACUCCAGACGAUCGAAGACUUUGUUCUCUGGUCUCUCAACCCGAGACCAGCAAUCGACGAGGCAGCAACGUUCGAAGAGGCUACCAAGCUAGGCAUCUUCGCACAAAAAUAUCAUGUACCCGCUCUUAGCAACCAAGUCACCGAUGUGAUCCGAGCUCACAUCGCCAGCGAUGAAUGGCAGCUUCAGGCUUCUAUCGUGGACGACAUUUACAAAGCAGCUCCCGUCGGCAGCCCACUCCGCGAAGUUAUCCGAGCUGCGCUGGGCAAGCUACCUCGCUCGACCAUGGAAGGCAGCAGCAAAGACCGCAAUGACUGGAAAAAUACCGUACUGGCACACGCGGAGCUGGGAUGGGACUUCAUCGAGGCUCGCGAGACCGAGUGGACGCCUCAGGCGUACCUCUCUAACUACUGCCGCUUUCAUGAUCAUCGAGAUGUGCUGGAUCAGAAAAGUCACGGCGCUCUUUGCGACGGGUGUCCUUUUUCACAAGAAGACUGCUACCCUGUGGAAGUCAGCCGUGUACCCGUCGAGGCUGCCAGAGUAGACAGUCUAGAUGCCGACACUUCCAAAGUCAAUGGAACCAGUGGAGUCAAUGGAGACGCCGUUACUCAGGUAUCGCACAAGCCCGUGGAUGGAUUCGCGGAUGAUACCAACCCUUCCCCCAAUGGACCUCGCGUCGGCAACAGCAUCAUGAUCGUGGACCCGGCGGAUGACCGGCCCCAAGACCCGAAGCUCGACACCAUAUCUGAAGGUAACGAGGAGCCCGAAGGAGUGUCCGACCCCACGGUGGUAGAGGCCAACGGAAUUCACGAGUCCGAGGAUGACCUGAACGAGAUGAAGAGCACAGUGACAUCGGAGGAUGCUGUCGAUGGAUCGGUCACAUCGCCAGAUGCCAUUCCCACGCCUACUGUGCAAAACGCAGGCACCAUGACCGAGAACGGCGUCAAUGGCCAUGAACCGGAGGAGAAGGCUGAAGAAGAGGUCAAACUGUCCAAGUCAAAAAGCAAGAAAAAGAAGAAAAGGGGGAGCAUGUCAGUUGGCACCAAUUGA